CCUCCGCAGUCCCUGGCCACAGACCUGGAGGAGGCCGAGGAGCAGCACGCCCAGGCCCUGCGCAGCCACCUCCACAACAUCGACCGCCUGCUGCAGCUCCAGCGCUGCCGCCUGACGUGCCUGGAGGAGGGGUUCAGCACCCAGCUGGAGGCCCUGAAGACGGAGUUUGAGGCGGAGAGGAGGACCAUCCUGGAGCAGCACGAGCGAGAAACCUGCUACCUGCGGGACGUGGCGCUGGCCAUGGAGCUGAAUUACGCCAAGAACGACCGGGAGGCCACGCUGAAUUUCCAGAGCACCCGGGCUGACAUCAAAAAUAAGAGCCUGCAGGAGAAGGAGCAGAGCCGCACGCGGCUGGGCAGGAGGCUGGAGGUGCUCUGGGAGCAGUUCCAACGGGCCAUGCAGAGCUACGGGGAGGCCACCGAGCACCAGAAGAUCGCUUUCGAGGCCCUGAAGGAGAAGAACAAGAAGAGCUCCAGGGAGAUCAAGAUGCAGGCGAAGAAGCUGCAGAAGCUCCAG